AUCACAAUGGAACCCCUUUUUAUUGUUUUGUCUAUAGUAGAAUGCAUUGCACGUUUGAAACUUUAUUCAGCUCGUAUUUCAUGGCCAUAUCAUUUCUGGGUUUAAGUGCAAACGCACUAGUUCCAGUAAGAUUUUAUCGAAAUCCUACUAGAAUUUAUGUUUCAAAGCUUUGAACUUUGGGCAUAGGUGUAAAGCAUUUUUGUCCAUUAACAUUGAUGAGUGGACUAACAUAAAAUUAUUAUAAUUUGAUUGAAAAAAAGAUGGCUGAAGGAGAAGCAAAUGCAAAUGAAACUUCACGUCAAGCACCAAAGUUGAAUGAAAGGAUCCUUUCAUCUUUAUCAAGGAGAUCAGUUGCUGCACAUCCUUGGCAUGAUCUUGAGAUUGGGCCCGAUGCUCCGAAUGUUUUCAACUGUGUUGUUGAGAUAGCAAAAGGUAGUAAGGUCAAAUAUGAACUUGACAAGAAAACCGGAAUGAUUAAGGUCGAUCGAGUUCUGUAUUCUUCGGUGGUAUAUCCACACAACUACGGUUUCAUCCCUCGUACACUAUGCGAAGACAACGAUCCAUUGGAUUGUUUGGUUAUAAUGCAGGAACCUGUUGUUCCCGGAUGUUUCGUGCGAGCCAGAGCACUUGGACUAAUGCCAAUGAUUGACCAGGGGGAGAAAGAUGAUAAGAUCAUUGCAGUUUGUGCCGAUGAUCCUGAAUACAAACACUACACUGAUAUCAAAGAACUUCCUCCCCACCGCCUUACCGAGAUCAAACGUUUCUUCGAAGACUACAAGAAAAAUGAGAACAAAGAGGUAGCAGUGAAUGACAUUUUACCUUCAAGCACUGCAUUUGAAGCCAUACAGCAUUCAAUGGACCUGUAUGGAGAGUACCUUCUGCAAACUCUGAGUAAAUAGGCUCAAAAAAGAAGCUAUUUUUAUCAAUUCAUCAUGCAUCAUGUUCAUAAUACUAAAUAAAACAAUCUUGCCAAUAAUAUUGAUUACAUUAUUUUUUUGUAGUUAUUGAAAAAUAUAUUAUUGUUUACUGGAUUGAAAGUUAAAAUUCUCUUGUAAGGGAAAAACAAAAUUGACGAACACAAUGUUGAUCACUUACUAGAAUGGUGAUUG